AAAAAAAAAAAGAACUUCCAAAGGUGACGCGCGAGGAGAACAGACCAGCUGCCAAUGGGCGUGCGCGUUUCAGGCGGCCAAUGGGAGGAGGCGUCUCGGCGGGGGACGUAGUGGCUGUCCGCAGGGGCGGGGUGGGGUCCGGGUUCGAGCUCUUGUCCCCCGGGAAGGGUGAGUCUGGACGCGGGCGCGGAAGGGGCGCGGCCGAAGGUCCUCAGGAAGGAGGCGCGGGGACUGGCUGCGCUAGACAGGCUGCACUUGGAUGGGAGCACCUGGUACCUCGGCACUGCCCCGAUGCCGGGGUCUGUGCUGAAUGUGUAAUAUGCAGAACUAUAUUGAAACAUUACAACCAUCUUUCGAUGGCAACACCCUGAGGACCUCCCUUUUCCAGAUGGGGAAACUGAGGCCCAGAAUUGCCAAGUGGCUUGCUUGAGUUGACACAGGGAGCUCCAGGACUUGCCUUCAGCCGAGCCACCUGCUGGGAGCAUGCCUCUGCGCCAUCGGGGGACGACCAGGGGCAGCAAGCCCGUUGGGGAUGGAGCCCAGCCCAUGGCUGCCAUGGGAGGCCUGAAGGUGCUUCUGCACUGGGCUGGUCCAGGCGGCGGAGAGCCCUGGGUCACUUUUAGCGAGUCAUCGCUGACAGCUGAGGAAGUCUGCAUCCACAUCGCACAUAAAGUCGGUAUCACUCCUCCUUGUUUCAAUCUCUUCGCCCUCUUCGAUGCUCAGGCCCAAGUCUGGUUGCCCCCAAACCACAUCCUAGAGAUCCCCAGAGACGCAAGCCUGAUGCUGUAUUUCCGCAUGAGGUUUUAUUUCCGGAACUGGCAUGGCAUGAAUCCUCAGGAGCCGGCUGUGUACCGUUGUGGGCCCCCAGGAACCGAGGCAUCCUCAGAUCAGACAGCACAGGGGAUGCAACUUCUGGACCCAGCCUCAUUUGAGUACCUCUUUGAGCAGGGCAAGCAUGAGUUUGUGAAUGACGUGGCAUCACUGUGGGAGCUAUCGAGCGAGGAGGAGAUCCACCACUUUAAGAAUGAGAGCCUGGGCAUGGCCUUUCUGCACCUCUGUCACCUCGCUCUCCGCCGUGGUGUCCCCCUGGAGGAGGUGGCCAAGAAGACCAGCUUCAAGGACUGUAUCCCGCUCUCCUUCCGUCGGCAGAUCCGGCAGCACAGCGCCCUGACCCGGCUGCGCCUUCGGAACGUCUUCCGCAGGUUCCUGCAGGACUUCCAGCCGGACAGACUCUCCCAGCAGAUGGUCAUGGUCAAAUACCUGGCCACACUCGAACGGCUGGCACCCCGCUUUGGCACAGAGCGUGUGCCCGUGUGCCACCUGAGGCUGCUGGCCCAGGCAGAGGGGGAGCCCUGCUACAUCCGGGACAGUGGAGAGGCCCCUACAGACCCUGGCCCUGAGUCUGCUGCUGGACCCCCAACCCAUGAGGUGCUGGUGACAGGCACUGGUGGCAUCCAGUGGUGGCCAGUACAGGAGGAGGUGAACAAGGAGGAGGGUUCUAGUGGCGGCAGCGGCAGGAACCCCCAAGCCAGCCUGUCUGGGAAGAAGGCCAAGGCUCACAAGGCAAUCGGCCAGCCGGCGGACAGGCUGCGGGAGCCACUGUGGGCCUACUUCUGCGACUUCCGGGACAUCACCCACGUGGUGCUGAAAGAGUGCUGUGUCAGCAUCCACCGGCAGGACAACAAGUGUCUGGAGCUGAGCCUGCCUUCCCGGGCUGCGGCGCUGUCCUUCGUGUCGCUGGUGGACGGCUAUUUCCGCCUGACGGCCGACUCCAGCCACUACCUGUGCCACGAGGUGGCUCCCCCACGGCUGGUGAUGAGCAUCCAGGAUGGGAUCCACGGACCCCUGCUGGAGCCGUUUGUGCAGGCCAAGCUGCGGCCCGAGGACGGCCUGUACCUCAUUCAGUGGAGCACCAGCCACCCCUACCGCCUGAUCCUCACAGUGGCCCAGUGUAGCCAGGCACCAGACGGCACACAGAGCUUGCGGCUCCGGAAGUUCCCCAUUGAACAGCAGGCCGGGGCCUUUGUGCUGGAGGGCUGGGGCCGGUCCUUCCCCAGCGUUCGGGAACUUGGGGCCGCCUUGCAGGGCUGCUUGCUGAGGGCCGGGGACGACUGCUUCUCUCUGCGUCGCUGUUGCCUGCCCCAACCAGGAGAAACCUCCAACCUCAUCAUCAUGCGGGGGGCUCGGGCCAGCACCAGGACACUCAACCUCAGCCAGCUCAGCUUCCACCGGGUUGACCAGAAGGAGAUCACCCAGCUGUCCCACUUGGGCCAGGGCACAAGGACCAACGUGUACGAGGGCCGCCUGCGAGUGGAGGGCAGUGGGGACCCUGAGGAGGGCAAGAUGGACGACGAGGACCCCCUCGUGCCAGGAAGGGACCGUGGGCAGGAGCUACGAGUGGUGCUCAAAGUGCUGGACCCGAGUCACCAUGACAUCGCCCUGGCCUUCUAUGAGACAGCCAGCCUCAUGAGCCAGGUCUCCCACGUGCACCUGGCCUUCGUGCACGGCGUCUGUGUGCGCGGCCCUGAAAAUAUCAUGGUGACAGAGUACGUGGAGCACGGACCCCUGGACGUGUGGCUGCGGAGGGAGCGGGGCCAUGUGCCCAUGGCUUGGAAGAUGGUGGUGGCCCAGCAGCUAGCCAGCGCCCUCAGCUACCUGGAGAACAAGAACCUGGUACAUGGUAAUGUGUGUGGCCGGAACAUCCUGCUGGCUCGGCUGGGGCUGGCAGAGGGCACGAGCCCCUUCAUCAAGCUGAGUGAUCCCGGCGUGGGCCUCGGCGCCCUCUCCAGGGAGGAGCGAGUGGAGCGGAUCCCCUGGAUGGCCCCCGAAUGCCUCCCAGGUGGGCCCAACAGCCUAAGCAUUGCCAUGGACAAGUGGGGGUUUGGUGCCACCCUCCUGGAGAUCUGCUUUGAUGGCGAGGCCCCACUGCAGAGCCGCAGCUCCUCCGAGAAGGAGCAUUUCUACCAGAGGCAGCACCGGCUGCCCGAGCCCUCCUGCCCAGAGCUGGCCACACUCACCAGCCAGUGUCUGACCUAUGAGCCAACCCAGAGGCCUUCAUUCCGCACCAUCCUGCGUGACCUCACCCGGCUGCAGCCCCACAAUCUUGCUGAUGUCUUGAUUGUGAACCCGGACUCAUCGGCGUCAGACCCUACGGUUUUCCACAAGCGCUAUUUGAAAAAGAUCCGAGAUCUGGGCGAGGGUCACUUCGGCAAGGUCAGUUUGUACUGCUACGAUCCGACCAACGACGGCACUGGCGAGAUGGUGGCGGUGAAAGCCCUUAAGGCAGACUGCGGCCCCCAGCACCGCUCGGGCUGGAAGCAGGAGAUUGAGAUUCUGCGCACGCUCUAUCACGAGCACAUCGUCAAGUACAAGGGCUGCUGCGAGGACCAAGGCGAGAAGUCGCUGCAGCUGGUCAUGGAGUACGUGCCCCUGGGCAGCCUCCGAGACUACCUGCCCCGGCACAGCGUCGGGCUGGCCCAGCUGCUGCUCUUCGCCCAGCAGAUCUGCGAGGGCAUGGCCUAUCUGCACGCGCAGCACUACAUCCACCGAGACCUAGCCGCGCGCAACGUGCUGCUGGACAACGACAAGCUGGUCAAGAUCGGGGACUUUGGCCUAGCCAAGGCCGUGCCCGAAGGCCACGAGUACUACCGCGUGCGCGAGGAUGGGGACAGCCCCGUGUUCUGGUAUGCCCCAGAGUGCCUGAAAGAGUAUAAGUUCUACUAUGCGUCCGAUGUCUGGUCCUUCGGGGUGACCCUGUAUGAGCUGCUGACGCACUGUGACUCCAGCCAGAGCCCCCCCACGAAAUUCCUUGAGCUCAUAGGCAUCACCCAGGGUCAGAUGACAGUUCUGAGACUCACCGAGUUGCUGGAACGAGGGGAGAGGCUGCCACGACCCGACAAAUGUCCCUGUGAGGUCUAUCAUCUCAUGAAGAACUGCUGGGAGACAGAGGCGUCCUUCCGCCCAACUUUCGAGAACCUCAUACCCAUCCUGAAGACAGUCCAUGAGAAGUACCAAGGCCAGGCCCCUUCCGUGUUCAGUGUGUGCUGAGGCACAAUGGCAGCCCUGCCUGGGAGGAUUGAACCAGGCAGUGGCUGCAGACGGGGCCUUCUGCUUCCUGCCCCAGGAUGAAACCAAGAGGGAGACGUCAACCUCACCUACACCCUGUGCCUUACUCCUGUCUGGAGACCCCACCUUUGUGAACUUACUUUUCUUCCAUGGCCGUGAACCUGACCAUGAUUUUGAAGGACCCACGAUGUGUAGGGUCACUAAUCCGGCCCUUGAACCCCCAGCUUCCAAACUUGAGGCCCACCAUUUCCACCAUCUGGUAAUAAACUCCUAUUUCCUCUGCUGGA